AGUUCCAAGUUUCAAUUUUUUUUUUUCACAUAUCAGAUUUUAGGGUUUUCAUGUUUGAAUCAUUUAAUUGGCAAUUGUUUGUUGUAAAAUUGCAUGGGGGUGCUUAUGUUUUGCCUGAAUUGGAUUUGUGCAAGGUUGUUGUGAACUUGUGAUUUGGCACAAGAGAUAACUGAAUUUUGAACAUUGAUUUUGAUGUUAUAUACUUGUGAAGUCUGUUGUAUGGUAAUUCAGUUAAGUUUGUUGUUAUGUAUUCAGGUCUGGGCAAUCUGGUUGGUAGAUUUUCAUUUGGAGAGUUAAUUUCAUGUCUGAGUCAGACACUCAGGUUCCUACUGCCUUUGUUGCUGAUGUUAUACUGUGGAAACGGUGGCCUGUUUCCUUGGGUGUCAUUCUUGUUGCAACAGUUGCCUGGAUCCUGCUAGAGUGGACUGGUUUACCAUUUUUAACGAUUUGUUCAGAUGUCUUGCUGAUUUUGAUCGUACUAUUGUUUCUGCAUGCUAACUAUGCUGCCUUUAGAAAUAGACAAGCACCAACAUUACCUGAACUAGUUGUGUCAGAGGAGAUGGUUAAUAAUGUAGCAGCUUCGUUUCGGGUCAAAAUCAAUAAUGUGCUCCUUAUAGCUCAUGACAUCACUAUUGGCAAAGAUUUUAGAGUAUUUUUUAAGGUGGUGGUUUGUUUGUGGCUCUUGUCUGUCAUUGGCAGCUACUUCUCCUUCUUCACACUCGCAUAUAUCGGAUCCCUCAUGAUGAUUACGAUCCCCGCGCUGUACAGGAAAUAUGGAAAUUAUGUAGAUAAAUGUUGUGGAAUUUUACACCACCAAUUUUCAAAACAUUAUAGAAUAGUAGAUGAAAGUGUUUUCAACAGACUGCCCCAUAAUGUAUCAAAAGACAAAGAGUCUUGAUUUCCAAGGCCUUCCUAUUUAUGUUUCAUGUGUGUAAAGUAACUCUGCCUUCUUAUUGUUGAGCUAUUUAGCA